ACUGCUUCAGUUUCACUAACGAUGCCCAAAAGCUGCCUGUAGCCAAAAUACCAAGUUUAAGGAGAGGAGAAAACUGAAAGCGAAAGACAGAAACAGAAGCAGAUUUGUGAUGUUGGUGCAGAAAAGCGCUUUUGCAUCUGCUUCUUCGAGAUAUACUUCGGCGUCAACUUCUACUUCUCUGCUUCAAGACGGUACCACUAACAAACCCGCUAACCUUUUUUCUUUCUCCACAAAUUAUCCUCUACUUUUUGCUUCAAUAGCUUACUUUCACUCUCAAACUUAUUGUUCUACUACUACUACUACUACUACUAGUAUUAGUGCUAGUAGGAUAGCUAAAAGAAGAAAAAGAUAUGAUCAAACCCAGUUCUUGAAAUUUGUGAGGGAACAAUGUAAGCGUGGUAGCUUGACUAAUUUUGAUGAUGCCCUUAGCAUAUUCAACCAGUUAAUUGACAUGGGUUCCCGAGCGUCUAUUGUAGAUUUCAAUCAGAUUUUAGGUAAAAUUGCGCAAAUGAAGCGUUAUUGGGACGUGAUUUCUUUACAUAAGCAAAUGGGUUUGUCAGGAAUUCUGCCUGAUGUUUGUACUCUGAACAUUGUGUCUAAUUGUUUUUGUAAUUUGAAUAGAGCGGAUUUUGGGUUUUCGUUGCUGGGUAAGAUUUUGAAACUUGGGUACGAGCCGGGUUGUAGGACCUUCACCACUUUGAUUAAUGGGUUUUGUCUUGAUGGUAAAACAUUGAAGGCGGUGGAGUUGUUUAAUGCGAUGGUGGAGAGAGGGUAUUGGCCAGAUGUGGUUACGUACGGGACAAUGAUAAAUGGGUUGUGCAAAACCGGGGAUACUAGUGUGGCUAUAAGGAUGCUUAGGAAAAUGGAAGGAGGAGGUUGUAAGCCUGAUAGGGUUGUAUAUAGCGCUAUCAUUGACCGUCUAUGCAAGGAUGACCUAAUGAUUCAGGGUUUGAAUCUGUUGUUAGAAAUGAUGGGCAAAGGGAUUUCCAUAGAUAUUGUGACUUAUAAUUCCUUGAUUUAUGGGCUGUGCAAUUCAUGUCAACGGGAGGAGGUUUUGGGUUUUUUGAAGGAAGUGGAUCGCAGGGAAGUUGCAACAUAUAUAAGAACUAUAUAUAUGCUGACUGAUAUGCUAUGUAAAGAAGGAAUGAUUUCUGAACCGAAGUGUGUGAUUGAAUUGAUGAAUCAAAGAGGUGCGGAGCCUGAUAGAAUCACUUACAGCAUACUCAUGGAUGCAUACUGUAUGCGGGAUCAGAUGGACGAUGCAAGAAAAGUAUAUGAUUUGAUGCUUGAGAGGGGUUGUCAUCCUGAUGCUUGUUGCUAUAACAUCUUGAUCAAAGGAUAUUGCAAGAGUAGAAGAAUGGAUGAGGCCAUGAGUCUUAUUGAAGAAAUGUCUGGUAAAAGGUUGGUUCCUGAUAUUGUUACUUACAACAUUCUUAUUGGUGGCAUGCGUUCUGUUGGGAGACUUGAAGCUGUGCAGGAGCUCCGUAAUGAGAUGCAAGCUCAUGGAAAGCUUCCAGAUAUCUUUACUUACGCUACAUUGUUGGAUAAGCUAUUCAAAAACCAAAAUGUUGAUGAGGCUAUGAAACUUUUUAAAGAAAUUGAAAGUUGUAGGAUGGAUUCUGACAUUGUGAUUUACAGUAUCCUAAUUGAUGGUAUGUGCAAAGCUGGGAAACUCGAAUUUGCAAGGGAAAUCUUUUAUAGUCUCUCUGAGAAAGGUUUACAACCUAACAUUAAGACGUAUACCUCAAUGAUCGAUGGACUUUGUAAUGAAGGGUUAUUGGAUGAAGCAAGUGAGUUACUCAAAAGAAUGGAUGAAAGUGGCUGCUCACCGAAUGGUUGCACUUAUAACACAAUUAUCCGAGGAUUUCUAAGAAACAAUGAGAUAUCAACGGCGAUGGAACUUCUUCAUGUGAUGGCUGAGAGGGGUUUCUCAGCAGAUUCUUACACUAAUAGGAUGUUAGUAGAUUUGCCGUCUACUCAUGGGCUACAACCUUCUCAUGAAAAGCCUCAGAAUUAUGUAUGAAAGUUAUUCCAGCUAUUCAACAUGAAGUGAAGAUUUCGUGCAAAAGUUGGCAGUGAAGCAAUCUGGAGUACAUUAUAAUUAAGUGCAGAAAACAUAAACCUUUAUCACCUGGGCUUGGACAUCCGGACGUGUGACAAGAAUAGACAGGUCCCACUCUUCUCUUUGGAAUAUUGCAGAAGAGAACAUAUUGAUGAGAAAAUGGUUCAAGAACAGACAGGUCCCACUUCUCUUGGGAAUAUUGUAGAAGAGAACGUAUUGAUGAGAAAAUGGUUCAAGACAGACAGGUCCCACUCUUCUCUUGGGAAUAUUGUAGAAGAGAACAUAUUGAUGAGAAAAUGGUUCAAGAACAGACAGGUCCCACUCUUCUCUUUGGAAUAUUAUGAGAAAAUGGUUCAUUAUUAUAUGUGGAACUGAUAGGAUCUAAUGGUGUGCAAUUUCAAUGGAAAAGCAUUUGGCAUACUAAAGUUCUAAGGAAGGAUUGCUUCUUUUGUUUA